GAAAUAGGCCGGCGGAUUAGAAAAAAAUGCAGACUGGGAGUGAAGGGGGAAGAGAGACAGAGUUAGAAUUGAGUCAAUAAGGAAUCCUGAGCCCGAUCUUGAGCUCAGCCGAUACAUUGGUGUAUAAGGGACAGACUAGAGGCGACAGCAGACAAGAGAGACUGUGUGAGGGGGAGAGAGAGGUGAAGAGGCCAUUGGCAGGCAUUUGGUUUCCGUCUGUGGUUCUAAGAGUGCCAUUGUGUCCGUUAUUUAACCGCCGUCAUGUCGGGGGCUGGAAGUAAGCGAGCCUCGAGCGACAAUGGCUCUGGUCCCUCAGAAAAGAAAUCGAAUCUUGGAGAUAAGACACCUACUACUUUAAUUGAACCCAUACGACUCGGGGGAAUCUCAUCAACGGAGGAGAUGGAUAUGAAAGUCCUGCAGUUCAAGAACAAGAAACUGGCUGAGCGCCUAGAGCAGAGACAGGGCUUUGAAGAUGAACUCCGGGAGAAGAUUGAGAAGCUGGAAAAAAGACAGGCUACGGAUGACGCUACUCUACUCAUUGUGAACCGGUAUUGGAGCAAGCUGGAUGAGGAUGUUCAUGUGCUUCUGAAGAGUUAUGAUACGGAGCCAAGUAACCAGAGUGCUCCACCUAGCGCUCCUCCUGAGGAACCCGGGAAGGCCAAGGAAACUGCCAUGGAAAUAGAGGAAGGCUCAGAGGUAUCACAACCCCCACCGACCCAAGACAACAAAGCAGCCUCUCCAGAACCUCCCCCCGCUCCUCCUUUUUCUGCUGGAGCAUUGCCGGAAUCAUCUUUGACCUUCUUAGCCACAUUAGCCCACAGCACCAAAGAGGAAAUUGAACUGAAGCUGCAAGAGCGCAUGGCGUUUAGCAAGAGGGCUGUAUCCUGCGUUCUGGAAACUUCUAACAAGCUGCACUGCCGCAUAGAAGAGCUGUGUGACCGAAUCCAAAGUGGUGCUGAGUUUGAUAACUUGGGGGAAUCUCUGCAAAAGCUGAACAAAGAACUUCUUACUGAGAACCGUAAGCUGCAGGACCUUGCUACUGUACUCCAGGAGAAGCAUCACCGCCUCUCACUGCAGCACCAUGAGCUCCAAGACCGCGCAACUUCAACAGAGACCAAGGUAUCCGAGAUGGAGAGGACCAUCGAGGACUUGCAGUGGGACAUUGAGAAAUUACGCAAACAUGAACAGAAGUUGAACCGUCACCUGGCAGAGGCCCUGGAGCAGCUUAAUUCUGGAUACCACAUCUCCGGAAGUUCUGGAAGUUUCCAGGGAGGACAGACUACCCUAAGUGUGCUAAAGUUUGAGAUGCUGAAUGCAGAACUCGAUCAAAAUCAGGAACUGGCAAACAAUCGGAUGUCAGAGUUGGAAAAACUGCAGAAUGAACUACAGGCAGCUGUCAGGCUUAAGGAGAAGCUAAAGCUGGAUCUGAGGACCUUGCCUGAGGAAGCAGUACGGAACACACAGGAUUUCCGCUGCCUGCAGUCUCAGUUCUCUCUCCUGUACAACGAGUCUUUGCAAGUAAAGACUCAAUUGGAUGAGGCCCGAGCUGUGCUGUUAAGCGCCAAGAACAGUCACCUGAGGCAGAUUGAGCGCAUGGAGAGCGAGGAGCUGUCUGUACAAAAGAAACUGCGCACUGAAGUGAUCCAGCUGGAGGAUACUCUCGCCCAGGUACGCAAGGAGUAUGAAAUGCUGAGGAUAGAGUUUGAGCAGAACCUGGCAGCCAAUGAGCAAGCAGGUCCUAUUAAUAGGGAGAUGAGACAUCUCAUCGGAAGCCUCCAAAACCACAACCACCAACUGAAGGGCGACGUGCAGAGAUAUAAGCGCAAGGUGCGAGAUUCCCAGGCAGAGGGGAGCAAGUUGCGGUUGCAAAUUGGCGGCCCGCCCUGUCCUCAGCCUGGAGCUUCCGGAUCAGAACCAACUACCCCCGUUACUGUGAAAGAGGAAGAGAUAGAAGUGAAGAAAGAACCCCCUACAGUGGUGCCACGAGAGCCCGAGACUCCCACUACCCCUGAAGUGAAGAAGGAGGAGGAAGAGCAAAAGAAAGAGACAGAGCGGACCAAGGCGCGAGAGAGGGAGGUGGAACGAGAACGAGACAAAGAUCGGGAAAGAGACAAAGAAAAGGAAAGAGAGCGGGACAGAGACAAACAGAAAACAGAUGAAAGCAAAAGGAAAGACAGCGACAUUCUGAAACAGCUCCGAGCAGAGUUUAAGAAGGCCCAGGAGAGCCAGAAGGAGAUGAAGCUGCUGUUAGAUAUGUACAAAUCUGCCCCCAAAGAGCAGAGAGACAAGGUCCAGCUGAUGGCAGCUGAGAGAAAGACCAAGGCUGAGAUGGAGGAGCUGCGAGUCCGGGUGCAAGCUCUUGAGGAGAAAGACAGGAGGGAGAGGAAGAAGCUUGCAGAUGAAGAAGCACUGAGAAAAAUAAAAAUGGCUGAAGAACAGAUAGACCAUUUACAGAGGAAACUGACUGGCACCAAACAGGAGGAGGAGGCCUUACUUUCAGAGAUGGACGUGACGGGCCAGGCGUUUGAGGACAUGCAGGAGCAGAAUAUUCGCCUGAUGCAGCAGCUCCGUGAGAAGGACGACGCCAACUUCAAACUUAUGUCUGAGAGGAUCAAAUCCAACCAGAUACACAAACUCCUGAGGGAAGAGAAGGAGGAGCUGGCUGAGCAGGUGCAAGGGCUGAAAACUCAGGUGGAUGCUCAGCUGUCUCAGGUGCAAAAGCUGGAGGAGAGAGAGCGCCUUUUACACACAUCUAUGACUUCCAUUGAGAAGGAGGUAACGCUUAGAACACAAUCACUGGAACUGAACAAGAGGAAGGCAGUUGAGGCGGCUCAGCUUGCAGAAGACCUGAAGGUACAAGUGGAACACGUAGACGUUACUCUGAGAGACACCCAGAACUGUGUAUGUGAGAACCGAAGCGCUAAAGAAAAGGAGUCCUUCAGUCUCAAAAGAGCUCAGGAGGAUGUCUCUCGUCUGAGAAGGAGACUGGAAAAGCAGAAGAAGAUGGAGGUUUAUGCAGAUGCCGACCAAAUCCUACAGGAGGAGAUUAAAGAGUACAGGGCCAGACUCACUUGUCCUUGCUGCAACACGCGGAAAAAGGACGCCGUCCUCACCAAGUGCUUUCACGUCUUCUGCUUCGAGUGCGUCAAGACCCGAUACGAGUCUCGGCAGCGCAAGUGCCCCAAGUGCAACGCGGCCUUCGGAGCUCACGACUUUCACCGGAUUUACAUCAAUUAAAGGGGACACGGCAGUCACUGCGAUCAACUUUGGCACUCGUUGCAUCCGUUUUGGACCGUAAUGUGAUGGAAGCCAAGGGUCAGCGACCCGAAUAAACUGGUGCCCAAUAUCUAGCCAUCCCACAAACAGCUGAGGUGUACCCCUCAAUACAAUGACCCUCAUUUUAAGGGGUUGGACAAGAAGAAGGCCAGAAAAGUAAUGUCUGUGGACAAUAAAGAGACCUCUAGGACCAAGCUGGAAACUUCAGUGUUGUGAAUAAUAAGUGCGAUUGGAUCUGAGAGAUUGCACUUUUUUUUUUUUUUUUUUUUUUUUUUUUUUAUGCAGUAGCGCCCGGCCACUGGGGCACAUGGAACACAAGAGCUGGUGCCGGGCUUCUUGUUUACUGAAAACACGACUAGGCUGGGGAAGGAUUUUAGAAAAAUAUUUUAUUUAAAGGAGAGGUUUGCCUUUAUUUCUUAUAUAAUAUAGAUUGCCAGCUAAAAGUUAAUAUGACUGUGAGGUUCAUGACACACACUGGGUGCGUUUCAGCUGAAGUGAGCCCAUUACUCCCUGUUGUGUUCCCCUUGAUAUUGGGAUUUGGGGCUGAGGAAGCACCCACACCUGCGAUUCUACCGCUCAAGUCCCAUUCAAGUCAAUAGGAGCUGCAGCAGGGGUUCAUGGGUGCUUUUUAGCUGUCUGCAACAGUGUGGCUCAAUAAUGGACCUAGCGUUCAUAAGCCUUUGCAUUGGAAAGACUGUGUCAGUAGCUUUGUCACUUGCAGUACCACUACUUACCUGUUCUGCUAGGUGCCCGUUGUUUGCUUUAGGCUUCUAUAGAAUAAAGCCACUCGUGAAGAUAAA